ACAGCCGCGUAUUCAUCCACUUCCUCCCUCUUUCCCCUUUCUCUCUUUCUCACUAUAAAUUCUCACAACUCUUCCUUCUGCACUUCACAAUUCCACUAACCACCCUUUCUAUGUUUUAUAGAUCUUUACUUAGCUUUUUCCUUUUCAAUUGAUCAAAACCUUAAACUAGAAUGGGUGUCAAAGGUUUCGUUGAAGGCGGUAUUGCCUCAAUUGUGGCGGGCUGCUCCACUCAUCCGCUCGAUCUCCUCAAAGUUCGUAUGCAACUCCAAGGUGAAAACCUCCCCGGUACAAACGUUAACCAACAAAACCUCCGUUCACUCCGCCCGGCUUUGGCUUUUCAAUCCAGUUCCGCCACCGUCAUUCCCUCUAAUUCCCUUCAUAUCCCUGUUUCAACUGCUCAACCACAACCUCCACGCGUCGGCCUCGUCUCUGUCGGCAUGCGGAUCGUCCAAAGCGAAGGCGUUGCCGCUUUAUUCUCCGGUGUGUCCGCUACCGUGCUCCGUCAAACACUCUAUUCCACCACCCGCAUGGGCCUCUACGAUGUAUUUAAACAAAAAUGGACUGAUAAAGACACUAACAACAUGCCUUUGACUAGAAAGAUAGCAGCCGGUUUAAUAGCCGGAGGAAUCGGUGCGGCAGUUGGUAACCCCGCUGACGUGGCAAUGGUUCGAAUGCAAGCCGACGGUCGGCUCCCUCCCGCUCAGCGCCGUAACUACACGAGCGUGAUCGACGCCGUUACGCGAAUGUCAAAACAGGAAGGAGUUACUAGCCUGUGGCGCGGAUCAUCGCUUACGGUGAACCGGGCGAUGAUAGUGACGGCCUCACAGUUAGCGUCGUACGAUCAGAUCAAGGAGAUGAUAUUAGAGAAGGAAGUGAUGAGUGAUGGAUUGGGGACUCACGUGACGGCGAGUUUCGCGGCGGGAUUCGUGGCGGCAAUUGCGUCGAAUCCGAUAGAUGUUAUAAAGACGAGAGUUAUGAAUAUGAAGGUUGAGGUCGGAAUGAAACCGGCUUAUAGUGGGGCCAUAGAUUGCGCGUUGAAGACUGUGAGGGCUGAGGGGCCCAUGGCGCUAUAUAAAGGAUUUAUUCCUACGAUUUCCAGGCAGGGACCAUUCACUGUGGUGUUGUUUGUGACACUGGAGCAAGUUAGGAAACUGCUGAAAGAGUUUUGAUUAUGAUGAUGAUGAAAAAUUUGAGAAUUGAAUUGUUCCAUUCAUUAUUAUUUUUUUUUUUUUAAAUUAUGUUGAUUUCGGUUGAUAUAAUGAGAAAGAGGAAUUUAUGUUUCUUCAAUGA